CUUCGCUCUCAAAAUCGAGAUACUCUAAUACCAUGGUUCUCCUAUCUCAAACUAUUUCUUACUGCACUGUACAAACUGCCAUCAUUCAAAGGCACAAUUUGGCGUGGUGUUAGUGGAAAUAUCAGUGAUCAAUACGAUGAAGAUCAAAUAUGGUGGGGUGCGAGCUCGUGCACGGAGACGAUGAACGUCAUGGAAGGAUUUGUCGGUCUCGACGGUGUGCGUACCUUGUUUAACAUUGAAUGCAUCAAUGGCAAGGCUAUUCGAUCUCACUCUUACUACAAGACAGAGAAUGAAAUUCUACUCAUGCCCGGCACCUAUCUGCAGAUAGUGAGUAAAUGGAGUCCAGCCAAAGACUUGUACAUUAUUCAUCUGCGAGAGACAGCUGCUCCAUAUCAAACAAUCGCACCGCCUUGUGAUCCACCAUCGCCGUUGAUCGACAUGCCCUCACUAACAACACCUGCAAUUUCCAAGGAGAAGAAGAGCCUGUCAAGUGGUUAUGUCGCAUCUGCGCAAUCACAUGGACCACAAUUACAAGGCAUCGAAACACGUUAUAUUAAUGGGAAUAAUGGAAAUGAAACAACGAAUACAUCGGCCUUUGAUCGCUCUACGAAAGCAUUGGUUAAUCAAUUUUUUGAAUGCGACUGGUUAUAUGAAAACAUACGAAGAAUAAUUAAUUCACCAACAACAGGACUUGUUUCACAAGCAGUUGUAGCAAAUUUAUCAUCCGAAUUACGCGAAUAUCACCGACUAGUAUCGGUCAUUGAGCAACAGCUUGGUAAUGCGUUUGAUCCAGCAGGAUCUGUUUCGUUGGAAAAACUGCAUGUAUGGUUAUCGACACCAAUGCAGCGUUUAAAAUCUAUCGCAUCGAUCAGUGAACAUCAAGGGGGUGCUUUACUAUCACUGUUGUAUACUCAUCAACAACAUGGUGAUUCGUUACAGCAAUCAACAGUUUAUCCACUGUUGUAUAAGUGUACAAUACCCAUACGCGAUAUGAUUGUGGAAUGGAUAUGUAAUGGAAUAAUCAACGAUCCUUACCAAGAAUUUUUUGUUUCAGUCGAUAAGAAAAUAGACGAUGAAAACCUAUGGUAUGAAAAGUAUAGUUUACGGACGUCUAUGAUACCAUCGUUUCUCACAGACGAACAAGCAGAAAAAAUUUGGAUUACCGGUAAAUCAAUCAAUUUUUUACGUGUAUUAUGCAAGGAUCGUACAGUUUUACAAGUUGUUGACAUACCAGCCUCACCUGAAACUUUAUUUCAACAACAAUCAUCAACAGAAUUUCAUGAUAUGAUAAUAUCCGCUUAUAAUGAGACAACACGACAUUUACGACUAAUAUUAGAUGAAAAAUAUCAUAUGAUGGAUCAUUUCAAAGCCAUCAAACGUUAUUUGUUAUUGGGUCAGGGUGAUUUUAUUAAAUAUUUAACGGAUCUAAUGGAAGUUGAGUUAAAUAAACCGGCAAAUCAAGUACUCUAUCAUAAUUUACAACCUUUAAUGGAUUCGGCUAUUCGUGUUACGAAUGCACAGUUUGAAAAAGAAGAUAUUAUUAAACGAUUAGAUCUAAGAUUAAUGUAUGUAUCAGCGUCCGAGUUAGGCUGGGAUGUUUGCUGUUUAGAUUAUAAAUUAGGUGGACCAUUGAAAACAAUAUUCACAGAAGAUAAUACACUAAGAUUCAUGAGAAUAUUUAAUCAUUUAUGGAGAGUGAAACGAGUGGAAUAUACAACAUGUGGAGUGUGGAAACAAUUGAUAAAAAAUUCCAGACGAUUUUCAUCGAUACCAGAAAUAAUUUAUUUAAUGCAUACCUGUUUUGGUAUAUCAAAUGAAAUGACACAUUUUAUUCAAAGUAUCAAUUAUUAUAUUAUGUUUGAAAUAUUAGAAUGUUCGUGGAGUGAUUUAUUGUCUAAAUUAAAAGAUGCCAAAGAUUUACAACAAAUUUUGGAAGCAAAUAAUGAAUCAUUAGAAAAAAUAAUUAUACGUUUAUUAUUAGAUGCUGAUGAAAAAAGUCAAGAUUUAGCAAAACAAUUACGGUGUAUAUUUGAUUUAAUAUUAAAUUUUGAUACAUUAACACAAAAGUUAUUUUUAACUGUUGAUAAUGAAUUGGAGGCGCGAUUAAGUUAUCAACAACAACGACAAUACGAGGAUAAAGAUGCUGAAUUACGACGAUUUCACCAUGUUUUCAAACCGGCAUUAAAAACAAUCAAAUGCGAAAUACAGAUAUUAAAAAAGACAUUCCGAGAUGCUGUAUUGAAAUUUUUACAGCAGUUAAAAACUCAUCCCGAUAUUACCUUACGUUGUCUGAGUUUUCGUUUAAAUUUUAAUGAAUUUUAUAAAGUAUCAUGA